CUCCAAGUACACGACACCUCACGCACCACCGAUCCGGAGCGUUGUAGGCAGCAGGACUACCUAUAUCGAGGACGCAUUCUUCGCAGAAAGAGUCGGAUUGAUUAUUGCGCACGACUGCGACCUCACACAUCACCAUGCCUCCUCCACCUCCUCCCCCUCCGCCCAUGCCGCCCAUGGGUCGAGGAGCUGGAGGACCACCACCGCCCCCUCCAAUGCCCGGGAAAGGAGCACCUGGAGGGAAACCAAAGAGCGGAGCCGGACGAGGUGCACUUCUUGGAGAGAUUCACGGAGGAGCAAAGUUGAAAAAGGUCCAAGUCAACGAUCGAUCAGCGCCACAGAUAGGAAAGGUAUCUGAUGGACCAAGCGGGCCACCGAUUGGAGGUGCGCCGCCUGUACCUGGCAUGGGACGGCCACCAGCUCCACCCUCAGGCCUCGCGCCGCCCGCCCCUGGACGAGCAAGAAGCAACAGCGAUACAGGAGGAGGAUCAAGCGACGGAGCAGCUGCAGUGAGUGCAGCACCACAGCUGGGAGGGUUGUUUGCGGGAGGGAUGCCGAAGUUGAGGAAGGCUGGAGGCGUGAACACAGGAGCGGAUAGCAAGUCGCCAUAUCUCUCAGAUCCUGAAUCUUCACGAGGCUCUGCACCUCAGCUGCCACGAGGAGCUGCACCAAAACCCCCAGGAGCACCUCCAGCACCUCCAGGAGCGCCCCCAGGAGCACCACCUGGAAUACCACCGCCUGUUCCUGGAAAUCGUCCACCACCACCGAACCCAUCGAUCUCGGCACUACGUAACAACCUCAGGCCUUCAUCAAUUGCAUCAACACACUCGCUGCCUGAGCUCUCAGGGAAGCCAAAGCCACCUCCUCCGAUUGGAAAGAAACCCCCUAUGCCACCUCCAUCAUCUCGAAAACCAUCUGGUCUAGCACCCGCCCCUCCAGCGUCUCCAGCCCGACCUCCACCAGUUCCCGGGGCCGCACCGCCAGCUCCACCUCCUCCACCUCCUUCUCAGGCACCUCCACCGCCUACUCGGCCGCUGGCUCAUACAGCAAUAACUGCUCCCCCCAUACACCACCGACCAAACCCAGUCACAACGACAUCAACCCCUACUCCUUCUUCUGUGCCGCCGCCACCUCCUCCACCACCGCCUCCGACAGCGUCUGCUCCUCGACUACCGCCAUCUCGCUCCACACCACCGCCUCCCCCACCCCCAUCAGCACCUCCACCAAGAGCAGAUUCCGAAGACGACGAUUACGAUCCAUACAAGUACAGCAAUGCACCUGCGAAGCCUCCCGCAGCACCCGCUCCACCUCCACCCAAAGCUUCUACAAACGGCCAUAGUACCUCUCUUGCUGAACAGGCGGCACGCAAUGCAUUUGGCCGUACACCUUCAGCACCACCCCCUCCACCACCAGCAUCGUUACCCCCGUCUGCACCAAGCGCGCCUGCCCCACCCCCUCCCCCAAGUUCGUCUCCACCACCGAGCCGUACAGCAACGCAAACAUCCACGCGAUCGAUGCUGGAUCCUAGCUCGUACACACUUACAAAUGGCGGAGGCAGAGGCGGAUCUGGCACUUCAGGGUCGGGAGCUGGGUCGGGUCAUAAAUCGACUUUCACCCCUGUCCAUGAUUUGAGAUGGAGAUUUCAAGACGAAGCACAACUUCCUAAGCCCCGAGAGUUCACAGGCUCAGCAAAGAGAUACAGAGCUGGAAGAGGAAGUAGUGUUCCUUUGGAUUUGAGUGUAUAUGAAUAAAUGAUUUAGUUUGCAUUCAUAACAAGGCACGAGAGUUAGUGUCUGAGGUAGGGGCACGAUGUAGACAGGUUGGAGCCAUCAUGGACGGCGUUUUGUGAUGAACAUGAGACGUGCAAGAUGCUGUUAUGAACUUUGCACAAUUUGACUUGGCCACUGCAUAGAUAUUCAUGUAUAUCGUUCUUAAAAGGCUGGUAUUUGAGGAACCUAUGGUAUACCAAUAAAUUGGAUUUCAAGCAACUAUAAUAGGCUUGACAGCUUCUGC